CAAACACAGAGCAGAGUUUCCAGAAUCCAGCUCUAUGUCCAUGAACAGUGACAUGUCCAGAGAAUAUCCUCCAGUCUUCAGUCAUGAACAUGGACCCUCAGUCACACAACGUCAACAACACAAACACAGAGCAGAGUUUCCAAGAUCCAGCUCUAUGUCCAUGAACAGUGACAUGUCCAGAGAAUAUCCUCCAGUCUUCAGUCAUGAACAUGGACCCUCAGUCACACAACGUCAGCAACACAAACACAGAGCAGAGUUUCCAGAAUCCAGCUCUAUGUCCAUGAACAGUGACAUGUCCAGAGAUUAUCCUCCAGUCUUCAGUCAUGAACAUGGACCCUCAGUCACACAACGUCAACAACACAAACACAGAGGAGAGUUUCCAGAAUCCAGCUCUGUGUCCAUGAACAGUGACAUGUCCAGAGAUUAUCCUCCAGUCUUCAGUCAUGAACAUGGACCCUCAGUCACACAACGUCAACAACACAAACACAGAACAGAGUUUCCAGAAUCCAGCUCUAUGUCCAUGAACAGUGACAUGUCCAGAGAAUAUCCUCCAGUCUUCAGUCAUGAACAUGGACCCUCAGUCACACAACGUCAACAACACAAACACAGAGCAGAGUUUCCAGAAUCCAGCUCUAUGUCCAUGAACAGUGACAUGUCCAGAGAUUAUCCUCCAGUCUUCAGUCAUGAACAUGGACCCUCAGUCACACAACGUCAACAACACAAACACAGAGCAGAGUUUCCAGAAUCCAGCUCUAUGUCCAUGAACAGUGACAUGUCCAGAGAUUAUCCUCCAGUCUUCAGUCAUGAACAUGGACCCUCAGUCACACAACGUCAGCAACACAAACACAGAGCAGAGUUUCCAGAAUCCAGCUCUAUGUCCAUGAACAGUGACAUGUCCAGAGAUUAUCCUCCAGUCUUCAGUCAUGAACAUGGACCCUCAGUCACACAACGUCAACAACACAAACACAGAGCAGAGUUUCCAGGAUCCAGCUCUAUGUCCAUGAGCAGUGAUAUGUCCAGAGAUUAUCCUCCAGUCUUCAGUCAUGAACCUGCACCCUCAGGCACACAACGUCAACAACACAACCACAGAGCAGAGUUUCCAGGAUCCAGCUCUAUGUCCAUGAACAGUGACAUGUCCAGAGAUUAUCCUCCAGUCUUCAGUCAUGAACCUGCACCCUCAGGCACACAACGUCAACAACACAAACACAGAGCAGAGUUUCCAGGAUCCAGCGCUAUGUCCAUGAGCAGUGAAUUGUCCAGAGAUUAUCCUCCAGUCUUCAGUCAUGAACCUGCACCCUCAGGCACACAACGUCAACAACACAACCACAGAGCAGAGUUUCCAGGAUCCAGCUCUAUGUCCAUGAACAGUGAUAUGUCCAGAGAUUAUCCUCCAGUCUUCAGUCAUGAACCUGCACCCUCAGGCACACAACGUCAACAACACAACCACAGAGCAGAGUUUCCAGGAUCCAGCUCUGUGUCCAUGAACAGUGACAUGUCCAGAGAUUAUCCUCCAGUCUUCAGUCAUGAACCUGCACCCUCAGGCACACAACGUCAACAACACAACCACAGAGCAGAGUUUCCAGGAUCCAGCGCUAUGUCCAUGAACAGUGACAUGUCCCGAGAUUAUCCUCCAGUCUUCAGUCAUGAACCUGCACCCUCAGGCACACAACGUCAACAACACAACCACAGAGCAGAGUUUCCAGGAUCCAGCUCUAUGUCCAUGAACAGUGACAUGUCAAGAGAUUAUCCUCCAGUCUUCAGUCAUGAAUAUGGACCCUCAGUCACACAACGUCAGCACCACAAUUACAGAGGAGAUUUUCCAGGAUCCACCUCGAUGUCCAUGAGCAGUGACAUGUCCAGAGAAUUCCCUCCAGUCUUCAGUCAUGAAUCUCGACCCUCAGUCACACAACGUCAGCACCUCAAUUACAGAAGAGAUUUUCCAGGAUCCACCUCGAUGUCCAUGAGCAGUGACAUGUCCAGAGAAUUCCCUGCAGUCUUCAGUCAUGAAUCCAGAUCCUCAGGCACACAACGUCAGCACCUCAAUCACAGAGGAGAUUUUCCAGGAUCCACCUCAAUGUCUAUGAGCAGUGACAUGUCCAGAGAAUUCCCUCCAGUCUUCAGUCAUGAAUCCAGAUCCUCAGGCACACAAGAGAAGAGGGAUAAAGUUUUUGUAGGGAAGCCAGUGUCCUGCUGUGUGUCGUGUCAGGAUGUCCUGAAGGAUUCAUCAAAAGACUUCUGUUCCCAGUGUGGAGAAAAAUACAGAAUCAGAUCCAGAGCCAAUCCUGGUCUGCAAAAUGUUCUAGAUGCGUUAAAGGUCACUCUGCAGAGAACAUAUGAACAUGUGUUUGAAGAAACUGAAAAAACAGGAAGCACAGCCCUCCUCAGAGUGAUCUACACUGAGCUCUAUAUCACAGAGGAGCAUAGUGAAGUGAUGAACUACCGCCAUGAGGUGAGGCAGGUGGAGAACGCUUCCAAGAAGAAGAUCCUCCAUGAAACACCAAUCAGCUCCCAGGACAUCUUUAAAACCUUGCCUGACAAACAGAGACCCAUCAGAGUGGUUGUGACAUAUGGUGUUGCUGGCAUUGGAAAAACCUUCUUGGUGCAGAAGUUCACUCUGGACUGGGCAGAGGGCUUAGAAAACCAACACAUCAGUGCGGUGGUUCUGCUUUCAUUCAGGGAGCUGAACUUGGUCAGAGAUGAGCAGUACAGUCUCCUGGAGCUGAUCCAUGUUUUCUAUCCAACAUUACAGAGCGUCACAGCAGAGCAGCUCACGAUGUGUAAUCUUUUGUUCAUCUUUGACGGCCUGGAUGAAAGCAGACUUUUGAUGGAUUUCACCAACAGGAAGCUUGUGUCUGAUGUCACACAGAAGUCAACCAUCAGUGAGCUCCUGACAAAUCUCAUCGAGGGGAAUCUGCUUCCCUCUGCUCUCAUUUGGAUAACUUCCCGACCUGCAGCAGUCCAUCAGAUUCCUCCUAAAUGUGUUGACAGGGUAACAGAAGUACGAGGCUUUACUGAUGUUCAGAAGGAGGAGUACUUCAGGAGGAGAUUCAGAAAUAACGAACUGUCAAGCAGAAUCAUCUCCCACUUGAAGACAUCCAGGAGCCUCCACAUCAUGUGUGGAAUCCCAGUCUUCUGCUGGAUCACUGCUACAGUUCUGGAGCACAUGUUGACUACAGAGAACAGAGGAGAGCUGCCCAAGACCGUGACAGAUAUGUACUCACACUUCCUGCUGGUUCAGACAAAGAGAAAGCACAAGUACCACAAGGGGAAAGAGAUAAGUCAGCAAGAGUUCACCAAUGCUGACAGGGAAGUUCUUCUGAAGCUGGGGAGGCUGGCAUUUGAACAUCUGCAGAAAAAGAACAUCCUGUUCUACCAAGAAGACUUGGAGCAGUGUGGUCUGGAUGUCACAGAGGCCUCUGUGUACUCAGGAGUUUGUACAGAGAUCUUCAAAAGAGAGUCUGUGAUCUUCCAGAAACCAGUUUACUGCUUUGUUCAUCUGAGCAUUCAGGAGUUUCUGGCUGCAGUCUACAUGUUCCACUGUUACACCAACAGGAAGACUGAGGAGCUGCAGAACUUCCUUAGUGAGGACGAUAAAGGAAAUAAGAUAUCUCUCGAAGAUAUUUCAUCCCUUGAAGGUUUUCUGAGCAGAGCCAUGGAAGAAUCUUUGAAAAUUCCGAAUAGCCACCUGGAACUGUUUGUUCGCUUCCUUUUUGGCCUCUCUAUGAAAUCCAACCAGAGACUCUUAGGUGGUCUGCUGGGUCAGACAGAGAGCAGUCCAGAAAUCAUCCAGAGAGUCAUCAGAAACCUGAAGGAUAUUAAAACUGAAGACAAAUGUCCUGAAAGCUCCAUAAACAUUUUCCACUGUCUGCUUGAGAUGAAUGAUCUCUCAGUACAUGAAGAGAUCCAAGACUUCCUAAAGUCAGAAAAGAAAUCAGAAAAGAAACUCUCUGGAAUUCAGUGCUCAGCUCUGGCGUAUAUUCUGCUGAUGUCAGAGGAGGUUUUGGAUGAGUUGGAUCUGGAGAAGUACAACACAUCAAAGGAGGGACGAUGGAGACUAGUUCCAGCUGUGGUAAACUGCCGAAAGGCUCGACUUCAUGAUGUUUAUGUCUAUGGGGGUAGCAUUGGAUCUCUGGCCAUAGCUCUGACCUCCAACCCUUCCCAUCUGACCGAGCUGCACAUGAGCUCAGUCAGCCUGGAGAUAUACGCAGAAGAUCUUUUUACUCAUCUGGAACAUCCAAACUGUAGAUUAGAGAUACUCAGACUUGAGAACAGCACUUUGUCAGAGAAGAACUGUGCUGCUCUGCUCAGUGCUCUGAAGUCCAACCCCCCCUAUCUGAAACAUCUGGAUCUAAUAGCAUGCAACCUGGAGGGCUCAGGGAUGAAACAGCUGUAUGAUUACCUGGAGAGUCCACACUGUAAACUACAGUUUAAAAGAGAGACUGUGGUUUAGAUGCUGCAUUAUGAUUGAGACAUGCAAUGAUGCUUGCAGACUUAUCAGUGGUCAAAGUGUGGCUCUACCCAGACUUCCUGAAUCUGUUCCAGAGGUACAAAAAAACUGUGGCCUUAACUCCAAUGUCAAGCUUCAGUUUAUGGAUAAGGGCUUUGGAAACUGUUGAACUUCUCUUCAGUGGAUGGAGUACAAGAAUGAUGUUAAACACCUCGACCUCAGAGUGUGCUGAGGUCAUUUCCACUUCAACCACUGGUGUAUGCCUUUACUUCCUGGAUGACUCCUAUGACUGCAGUGAAUGUGUCAUUACUGGAAUAUUGACAUUCCUCUGAGACAUUCAGCUCAUCCAGCUAAAGGAUAUUUUGUCUUCAGUUUUGAUUUGUUUCAGAGGAGGAUCUUGUGAAACAGGUUUCAUUGCACUGAUUUCGCACACAAGGACCCACUGAGGAAACCACACUUAGAAUAUAGACUGAAAACACAGAGAUGUUGUCAUUUAUCUUACAGGAGUCAGUAAACUCUGGAAUAAGUUCUGCUACGUUAUUUGUACUACUGAGCUCUUGUUUUAUAUCUCCAGAUACUCUCCUGCGUUGAGGGAUACUUUUGAGGUACAAUAGCUAGUCUUGGAACUAAAAAGCAGACUUUGCUUGUGCAGGUCCUUUUUUUAUUAUUUUACUAUGAGACAUUUUAAUAAUUUCACUACUGUAAUUUCACUGCUGAACAUUGUCUUGCUUGUGGUGUCACAUUAGCAAUCCAACAACAUGUUUUUCAGUGCUGUGUCAUAUUACAGCUCAGAGAAGGGUGUGUCACAUGUAUUGUGUUAAAUUGUAAUCCAAUUUUGUCAUUUUGCAAUAUCUGGAAAAUACAGAUACUUGCUUAAAGAAGUGCAGUCAAUCUGGAAAGUAUUCAGAAAACUACACUUUUAAAAAGGAUGUGUUAAAAAAUGACACAAAAUGUGUCGUUAUAAUAUUAACAUAUUUUGUGUGAAUUUUAACAUAACACGUGUAAGAAAAUGUGUAAACUUUGAAAAUGUGUAAAAUCACACUUAAACUGUGCAACACAUCAAAUGUGUUAACACAUUUUGUGCGUUAUUUUCAGAAUCUAACAACAGGACCUAAAAGUAGCAGCUCAGUAAUUGGGUGAUAACCCUGUGUUUAGUCAAUUAAACUGUACAUUAACAAUGUAUUACAACUAUAUCAACUGAAUAAAUAAAAUGUUUAGUUAUUGUUUGUUUUACACAAUCCUAUUCUCAUUACUUUGAACAAUUAAAAAAAAAAUGAUGUAA